AUGAAAACUUCUUUCCAGAAAGACAAAGCUCUUGAUGCAUCAAUCGAAUCCGCUUCCGUUAUCAAAGAAGUUGAUACCUUGACCAAGAAAAUCAUACCUCUUCGCGGAUCUACAAGUAUUGGUACCUCACAGUGCAUCAAAGAUAAAUUUGGUGAGGAGGUUCCAGCUCUUGGACAAAAGUGGUGGUCAAAUAGUACAGCUGAUCCCCCCUCCAAAAGCGUCAACGAAGCAAGGCGUUGUCCAGAAAAUUGCAUCACCUUUGACACCAAAUAUACCAUCAACUACUACAACGAAGAAGGUGUACCGAUUGAAAGUCCUAUCGAAGAUCCUAUCGAAGAUCCUGUCCGAAUAAAGAAGUUAAUGUGGAACAGAGAAAGAGCCUCUGAACCCGCUGAUACUGUUCAUCUCGUUGGCGAUCUAGCGAUCAAUCCCCAAGAGCUUAUCAAAAUGGAACCAGAUACCUUGAAUCACCCAAGACAGUCCGCUACUAAUGAUCAGUUUAAUGACAAUUCUGAAGUUUAUCCCGCACCUACCAUGAAUCAAUUUAUAGACGAUUCUACUACAAUGCAAGUCAUCAACCACCAAGAGAAUCCUGCAACCAGUGGCAGCUUUGACAUCAAUUCCGAAAUCAGUCACUCAGCUGUCGAAAAUGAACGUGUGGGAGAAUCCUUCACUGCAGAGCCAGUCUCUGCCGACCGGGAGAAAUCUGCAAUAGAUAACAGCCUCGGAAACAAAAUCUCUAAUACAAUGCGAGAUUUGGCUGCCAAAGGACUACAGGUGGUCAAUGAUUUAGAUGAGAAAGCUGCUGCUCGCGCUCAAUUUUUCGAUGGCACAGACGAUCAAUAUACAGAUGACCAUAUUGCAGCAAUGACUGUCACCAGGCGCCAUGACAAAUCUUCGACGAGUAGUAGUCUGGGAAGCAGAGUCUCUAGCACCAUGCGCAACCUGGCUGAAGUUGGAUUACAAGUCAUUCAUGAUCUAGAUGAGAAAGCCGCUCGUCACGCUAGAUUCUCUUUAGACAGUCCAAUUCCAAUGGAACCGGAGCCAGUAGUUACUAAUCAAACAAAUCCCUUUGAAAAAUUUCUACUCACCAUCAAGCGACGAGGUGGACAUAGGAAGACAACCAGCUGUGACAUGCCUAGAAACAGAAUUGAAGGAGGCUUAUUUGAAUCACCUAUCGUCUCACAGAGACCCGGCCACAGAAAGUCCCUAUCGGGCAGCUCCUAUGGGUUUGUGAAUAACAUGAAGAGUGUUGGAACUAGUCUUGCAAGCUUCAGUAUUGCACCGCGUUCAAGAACGGGCAUGUCCUCUCGCCAUCAACGAACUGACUACAGCAGUAGAGCAUCCUAUGCUGGAAGAGCUUCUGAAGAUAACGGAAAUUGCUUAUCACGAGCAUUUAUUCUCGACAAGGAGGUGAUUAAGCGCAUGGAACAACGUCAAGGCGUCAUUGAGGAGAUUCUAUCCACUGAGAAAGCCUACCUUGAUGAUGUUCAAGCUCUUAUACGCGUUUUUGAUGGUCUCCUAAUCGCCAUCCCUAUUCUCUCGCAAAGCUUACGCAAGUCCAUUGUCAUUACUCUCAAGGAUAUCUGGAGCCACAAUAACGAGCUCUAUAAUGAACUCGUUACAGUUGUGGCCAAUACAAAUAAGUCUUCUGGGGUAGGAGUGGUUAAUCCACCUAACCACCCGCCAAUCAAGGGACACAAGAGAUGGCAAAGUCUAGGAGAAGCACCUGCUUCGAAUUCUACCGAAAGCCGUGGUCGACACAUUGGUGAUCCAAAGGUUGCGGGGGAGAUUGCAAAGGUCUUUUGUGGAAAGAUCCCAGGAUUGUUCUUGUAUGAAUCUUAUGGCAUCAUGCAUAGCGAGGUUAUGAAGCAGAUUCAUACAUCAUACAGAACUACGGAUGAAUGGAGAGAUUUCAAUCAAGCAAUCCGAUCAACAGAGGAAAUGAUCAUCUCUACUGACAAUCGAGAGAAUGGCUCCCGCAAAGGAAGACACUUUGAUGAUUACUUCAUUAAGCCUAUCCAUCGUAUUGCUAGAUACGAAGUUUUGUUUGGUCGUCUCCUAGAACAAAGCCCAGUCUGCGAUUGCCCAGAAUCCUCAACCACCGUUGAGACUGCGCUUUUUCGACUCAAAGAAGUUCACAAGACAAUGAACUCUGCUGCAGGUAAUCAUCAAAAGGCAACUGCUAUGUCAAGAACAUGGCUAUUGCAGGAUCGUCUACUUUUUACAAGCCAGGCAAGUCUCCGAAUUUCAAUCAACUGCCUUCUACUACUGACAUUACCUAGCCGGAAAGUAGAUCUCGUGAUAAGGUCCAACCAUCUGUGCGGUGUGCUUCAUGCUUGUUGGCAGACGCAAGUCACUGUUGCAGGUCGUAAUAUCACCGGACAGUACCUCAUAGCUCUCUUGUAUGAAAAAUUCUUCGUUCUUGCCCAGCCUUCUGGAACGCAAGAUGAGAUUUAUGCCAUUCAAGCUUGCAUUCCAAUUAGUGAGCUCACUGUAGAGGAUGUUGAUAACAGUAAAGGCUUACAAUGUCACACGGCGCCCCACUCCUGGAAGAUUGUAUUUGAGCACAUCUCUCAACUCUUUGAAAUUAUAGUCAGCGCAUGCUCAGCAAAGGAAGAGUUGGAGUGGAAGAGCCGUCUGAUUGAUCGUUCUGGCAAACAAUGCAAUAGUACUGUUCAGCAAGAAAUGACUGCAUCAUUGUCACUUGAUAUCAAGCCGAUGGGAACGGUCUAUGGAAAGCCAGGUACUGUUGCUCGACGCAACUCAAUUCAUAGAGCAACAACAAUGAAAGGUCAAACCACCAUUCCUCGUAGCGUUAUCGUUAGGAACACUAGUGCCACAGUCGAACCUUCUCUUUCAAGCUCCGCUUCCCAGCUCUCGAUCAACAGAUCCCAAUCCCUAGCCGGUCCGCAUCGCCCCACGAUCCUCGCCCCUUCCCGCACAGAGCGCUUUCGUCUUGAAACCCUUCUCGCCGACGUCUGGACCCGCGAUAUCAUCCCUUACCCUGGCAUGGGCUCCCGACCCCACAGAGAACACACAGUCAGAGCAUCCGCAAGCUCUAUGAUGCGCAAGAUUAGCCACGCAAGCAUUUCCAGCAUCACCAAGCGCUCGGGUAGCAUUGCCAGUCUUCACAAGAGCGCAGAAGAUCACACGGCCACCGAGCUGGAUAGUCUCAGACCUAUGGUUCUCAAUCGUCAAGCUCGUCACAACUCCAGCGAUAGUAUGCCAUUACCCGAAGACGAAAACUCGUUAGGCCAAGAUGCAGGCGGUGGAAGACAUGGUUCGCGACUUGCUGUGAUUAUUGAUGAGAAGGAGGGUAGUGCGGGUACGGGAGCUGCUCAUUCUACAACUGCCAGUCCAAUCAUGGCGCGUCUUGCAAGUUUCAGAAGCAAGAAGAGCUCGGGCUCGUUGGAUGAUUCGUUGAAUUCUAAGCGCUCUUCUGCUUCUAAAUCUCCGUCGGGGAAGAGUUCGUUAGCUUUACCGAUUGUUACGGCUGCUCAUGGAGAGGAGGUCCGAAAGGAGAAUGUAUUGCAUUCGUCAAUGACGGUUGAUGGUAGUAGUAGCGGAGAAGAAGUAGCUGGUGAUUUAUUGCAAGCACAGCAGAGGAAGGGUAGAAAUAGGGCUAUGCUAAUGGAGGGAUUUAAGAAUCUUUUCCGUUAG